AUGCACAGACCAAUUCCACCAUUACCACUAAAGGUUAUAAAAAUGCUUAAAAACAACGAAACGAUAAUUAGUCACGAAGAAGAUCAAGAUGCAUUAGAUGAAAAUAAUUACGAACAAUUUCAACAAUAUAUCGAUCCUGACGAUAAUCUUGACGAAACCUAUAAUAAUGAAGAGAGUGCUACUACCAUCAAUAGCAGUGAUAAUUUUUAUAUUCCCCCUUUCAAACACGAUCUCGUUAGCAAUACCGAAAAUGACGAUUAUGAUUUUACUAUAGCGACUGGUGCAAGCGAAAACCACUUUUGUCCGAUGAAGAGUUUCUUGUAUAAAAUGAAUGAUGAAUUAGCCGAAUACCGUAUUCGUAUGAUCGUUUACGAUUUGGGAUUUUCCGAGAAACAAGUUAAAGAAUUGAACCAGUUAAAGGAAAGGGGUUUCUUGACAGAAUUAAGAAAAUUCAAUUAUGCAUACUAUCCAAGUUUCUUUAACAUCACCAUAUCAAGAGGUGAAUAUGCUUGGAAGCCUGCAAUAGUAGCCGAAAUUUCACGUGACUACCCUGGAUUGAUUUUAACUUGGUUGGAUAGUGGUACUUUUGUCAAUAAAUCAUACUUUAGACGUUUAAAAAGCGAAUUAAAACUUAAUAAAGGUUUCUUAUCACCAAGAUCUUCCGGUAACAUGAGAACUUGGACUCAUCCCGGUGUCUACAAAUAUUACAACGAAUUGAACCAAUACAAAUACAACAGAGUAACAAAUUGUAAUGGAGCAUCAAUGUCAUUUGAUACGCGUAAAGCACAAAAAUUAAUUGAUGGCUGGUACAGAUGUGCUCUGGUCAAAGAUUGUAUAGCGCCAGAAGGUAGUAGUCGUAUAAAUCAUCGUCAAGAUCAGGCAAUCAUCACUUACUUGGCAGCAAAAGAGAAAAAGUUUUGUAAGAAUAAAAAAAGUGAUCUUGGUAUUACGAGUCAUCAAGACAGAUUUUGUAAGAAAUUUAUUAUAAAUUUUGAAAGAAGCAACAAUUUAUGA